GGAACGGCACAAUCUUUGCUCUUCGAAGUGGAUCAGAUAAAGCCCAGAGAUUUUCGGUCCAUCUUACAGCAGCAGCCACGGUGCCGGCUCCGGCACUUGGUUUCCGUCUGAGGCGAGGCCACUUGGGAUAGCCGGUGUAGUGGAGGUAUGGACUGUAACUGUGUUAGUGACCUGCUGCUCACGCCACCCGUCCCAACCCUCUGGACACCAGGCAUCGCCUUCCCAGACUGGGCCUAUAAGCCAGAGUCAAGCCCAGGCUCCAGGCAGAUCCAGCUGUGGCACUUCAUCCUGGAGCUGCUGCAGAAGGAGGAAUACCAGGGGGUGAUUGCCUGGCAGGGAGACUAUGGUGAAUUUGUGAUCAAAGACCCAGACGAGGUGGCAAGACUGUGGGGCAUUCGGAAGUGCAAACCUCACAUGAACUACGACAAGCUCAGUCGAGCACUUAGGUACUACUACAACAAACGCAUUUUGCACAAAACUAAAGGCAAGCGCUUCACCUACAAGUUCAACUUCAGUAAGGUGGUUCUGGUGAAUUACCCGCUGCUGGACAUGGCCAACUCUCCGUUCCUGCUGGCCCAGAACCACUUCAAUGGAGGAACAGCCACACCGGACUGCAGCCCUGUCACACCCGAGGCCCUUCAGUCUUUAUUCCCUCGUUUGCCUGAAUCGGGUCGAGGGCCCUCUCUGUUUGAGCGCAGUGCAGGGGCCCCAGGGCCUGAUGGGGACAAGCUGAGAUUGGACACUUUUCCUUUCCUCGGCUCAGGGGCUCCUUGUUACUCCAAACCUCCAUCCCUGUUGGGUCCUUACCCGCGGAACCCGGCUUUUGACUACCCCUGGGGCUUCAACCCCUACCUCCCAGGGGCCUUUUCUCUAAACAACUGUCCCAAAUUGCCACCAGGCUCCCUCUACUCCUCACAUUUCUACCCAAACCCGCUCCAGUCCAGCUUGUCUCAGCUACCACACCCCUUCUCUUCACUCUUACCCCCCGGAGACACGACCGGGGCAGAACGUGGUCAAACGGGAGGAACUAACGGUCAGCCCCCGAGACUCUGCAUCCCACCGUACCCAGGGAGCGUGCCACUGGGUCGGACUGAGCUGGGGAACGGGGGUACGGGUGUAGGCGACCGGGAAAGAGGGGAGACCAACACCAGUGUCAUAGGUGGAGGUCUUGGUUUAGGGUUAGGCCUAGGAUUGGGAUUGGGUUUGGGUGGGCUCGGCGUGGGAAGCGGAGGAGGAGGCCGUCAAAGCCCUUCCGAGCGGAGAAAGGGUGUGAAGCAGGAUCCAGAGUCUGACUCUGAGCUGGAGAUCACAGACCUGAGCGACUGCAGCUCGGAGAAUGAGAACGAACCGGACUUCCCUCUAAGGAAGGAGCCGGGGCUGAGUGGUCGCUCACACCUUCUAGAGGCCAAAUCCGGGGGUCUCGGGGGAGUCCUGCCCCCUCUCUCUUCUCUUCCUCCACCUGUGUCUCCACAUCCCCUCAAAAGUCUGGGACCCCUGACUCCUCCACCGUCAUCCCUGCCUCCAUCCCUCUCUCCCUCCCUCAGUAUGGUUGACCGGCAAAGGGAAACAGAGACACUUAAACUUGCUCACAGUUAAUAUGUUCUGUUGUGUGAUUUUUGAUGUCUUGCAGGUUCUCUUUUUCUGUCUGUGUAUUCCUGCAUUAGUGAAAUAAUGCUGUAUAUUCCCAUUUCAUUUUUCCCCUUCCUCUGUUCCGGUGUCCUCCCAAGCCAUUCAUGCAGUUCCAAUAUCAGAGCUUUCAAUUUCUGCUUUCUUCGAUUUCUGUAUCGUACAAUGAGACUCUCAAUGCAAUCUUAGUUUUUGUCAUUCUGAGAGUAGAAGUGCAGCACACACACACACACACACACGCACGCACGC